CCUUGAGUUUGUUGCAUCCAUCUCUCAGAUUUUUGACUUGUCAAUACAAUCGAGGCCAAAAGUCACCAAAAUAGAACAAUUAUUCCAGUCGUGUGACCUUACCGGUCAAUCAAAGGGCUGGAGGACCUGCCUUUAACCAUGACCAUCCUCCAGUCGAUGGUUUUCGUCACCUUCACGCUUCUCUUCGCCUCUGGAACACCAGCCAGCAAUGAAUCUGCUGAACAAUCAAUUGUGAAGUGUCCACCGAUCGAACUCUUUCUGGACAACACCUUGCAGAUGCAGAUUCGGUUCGCCAACGAGGGUGUCCUGGACCGAGCUGUCUUUUCCUGCUUGCCUGGUUAUCACUUGUCAGGACAGCAGGAGGCUACCUGCCAAUUCGGACGCUGGAAUCUUGAAGAUUUUCCUUCAUGCGUAUCAUAUUGUCGUCAACCACAAGACAUAGAGAAUGGGGGCUUAGACAUUGGUCAAGCUCCAGUUAAGGGUUUAGGCUACCCUAAUGGCACUGUAGCAACAUACUCUUGUGCGCCUGGCUACCAAUUGGAACCAAGUGGUGCCUCUGGCAAAAAGGUUUGCCUAAACGAAAUCUGGACCGGACAGUCUGUUACUUGUGUUAAAAAAGAUGGCUGUGUGCUGGAAGGCACCCUUGUGGACGGCUACACGAUCGUCGAAAAUGAGAGUCUACACAAGGUGCGUUACGGCUGCAAAAGCGGCUACCACCUUGUCGGGCCCCAAGAGAGGAAAUGUCUCGGCGGAAUGUGGAUUCCGCCCUACAUGCCCCAAUGCGCCAAGAAGUCCUUUCAGGGGAUAAUCACAACAGACGACGAUGGGUCUGAAGAAACCGUGGAGACAGGUCGCUCCUGCGCCUCAGCUCCCAUUGUCCAAGGGGCAACUCUGGUGUGGGUGCGAGGACCGCUGACAACCAACGGGGUCACCGAAGGUACUGAGCUUGAGUUUCAGUGCAACGAGGGCCUGAGGGACUCGGAAGCUCCCUGCGAGCCCAGCAAAGUUCGUUGUAUCAAUGGAAAAUGGCAUGGAAGGCUCCCGAAAUGCGUGGAAUUCGCUGGCUGUUUGCCGUUGCCAAACAUUCCCCACAGCGCCGUCUACGGUUUGGCCACCACUGGUCAGUACAGGGUGGGCGCCAGGGUGGCCUACACGUGUCAGCCCGGCUAUCGAUUGAGCGGCAACCCCGUUUUUUCGUGCGAAUCGACAGGUUGCUGGGAACCUGCAAUGCUUCCCGACUGCACCCACGAGGACGAUCCGUACUACAUGUGUGGUCUGACGUGCGGCUGGGAAAAAUACGCUUUGAAUCCCGGCAUGGCGUUGCUGGCCUCCCUGGGCACCGCGCUGGCCGUCAUGGCCGUGCUGAUGGCCGUCUGUUUGGCCGUCGUGUGUCGCCGUCGCCGCAGCAGCAGAAGCGGCCGCUCCACCUCUGGCGGACGGCAACGCUCGGCCCGCCUGCACCACUGGCCUGACGAAAGCCCCGACGCCGCCCCGCAGCCACCCCCGACCCUGAUGCCUCCGGAUCCAGACAGGGUGGCGCUCAUUGCUUUUGCUGAUGGUUUACAAGUUGGUCAGUCUGUGCUGCCGAGUUACGAAGAAGCAACGCGUGACCGUGCUGGAGGUGGCCUGGCCUCCGGGGGCGGCGUUUUCUUCAACGCGCUGCACCGCGGUCGAAACGGGCCGCAGUGGACGGCCCUGUCUUCAGGCAGCGGCCGUCGCGGCCGCAGGCACCAACACGACCGGGACCAGGACACUUUGUCGCAUCAUUCCUUGCACGGCGGUCUCUGCACCAGGCAGUCAUCCAGCACAAGUCACUCGGCAAGUCUGCGCUCGUACGCCGUGGACUUGACGGGUUCGACUGACACGAUGGCUGCGACCAGCGAAGGAUCGACGACGGUCACUCUGGACACCGUGAGUUCGCACGGCGCUUCGUCGCUGGCGUCGGGGAGCGCCUCGUGCAGGGCCAUUUGCGGCAGCCUCGCCUCCUUCGACACCAGCUCCAUCCUCAAUACCGAUGGAGUGCCUCUUUUGGAAGAGAGCGAACUGGAGGCAGCCAUCGAUCGGCCAGACGAAGCGGCCACCGAGGAGGCGGCCAGCAGCGAGCCAAAACAGGGUACUUGCUAGUGCCAGCAUCUCAAGACUUACCUUUUAGUUUUUAACCCACCUCACUCUUAUUAAAAGUAAUGUGGAUGUACAUUAACAUAGGCGUAUACAAAUGAGAGAAUAAUUAUCAAUAAUUAGCGGGAAGAUGUCUCAGUACAAAUAUAAUUGAAGCAAUGAACGAUGGGCUCUCUUAAAUAGUUUGCAUUACUAAAUGUACACCCAGUCGCAUGAUUGUCCAGGAGAUGCACAGGCGCGCGAUUGAAUUGUAAGCACUCGUCCGGAUUUACGGCCAAUUAGAGGCGCUUUACGAGACACUUUAGUCUGCGUCCAUGGUAGCCUCUCUCUUUAUCUCAUUAAAUCCACCGUAAAUUUGAACGAUUACAUAAAUCUCCCGACAAAUAACGUCGUCGUCGUCGUUGUGUAGAUGCGUGUGAGCAGUGUGUAAAUAUCAAAAGAUGUGUUUAGCAGGCAUGUCGUCGGCGGAAAUAAAAAAAAAGAUUCGAAAGUACUAAGCGACUCUCGAAAACACUCAUUCCUCAGAUCGCAUAUCUC